AUGGACGAAAAACCGCAGAACCAAUCCAUAAUUGUGAUAUCAGAACCUGCACGGGCAAUAAUAGUUAAAGAUGAAAUUAACAAAUUGUUCGACGGGUUAUUUAAUCUCCCAUACCCACUCCAAACCCUGGAGUUUAUAAACACCAGCACUGAAGAAAUAGAACCAGAUUUUCUUAAAGGACAAGAAGUUUAUUCGCUUAUUGUUCAAGAAAACAAUAUUAAAGUAGUCCAAACAUACACUUUUAGGAAUCUUAAACUUACAGAUAUAGAUCUCAGUCGUAAUGGAAUCCAGUUAGUUGAAAAUCUGGCAUUCGCUAAUCUUUCCAAUUUAGAGGAAAUCUAUCUUGAUGAAAACAAACUAACGACUUUGAACUCCAAAGCCUACGAAAACCUACCCAAAUUACGAAAGCUGACUUUAAUGAAAAACUACAUCACACUAUUAGCACCAUCUUCAUUUGAUUUUGUCAAGACGAGAUAUUUUGUUUUAUCUUUAUCACAUAAUAGGAUUGCAAACAUCGACGAAGACGCCUUCAAAGGAUCAAAUGGCACGAAUGUAAAUCUUUUCCUAGACAACAAUUUGUUGCAACAAAUUUCAGUCAACAUUUUCCACAACCACAGUUUUCUAGAAGUUAGAUUAAAGGGAAACAAAAUUCGUAAAUUGACUGGUAAUCUUGAACGGCAAAAUUUUAAAAUUACUAUGUUUCGUAUCGACAACAAUUUUGAUAAAAAAAGUUUAAAGUCUCUUUUACAUUGGACAAUUCGGAACGACAUAACGCUGGACUGUGAAACCGGUGUUAGUACGAAUUUCAAAAAUCUUGCGCAACCGAAAAAGACACUAGGAAUUCCUAAGAUUUUUUUAAACGCCUUCAAAAGCAAAACAUCAGAAAUCACCGACAUUUUUCUCAAAGUCUAA